AUGUUCAAUAAUUCCACUACUUUCGGCUCCGGCGGCGGCGCCGUCGUCCCGACUUCCUCCGCUACAGUACCCACCACUGUCUUCCCCGGCACCACUAUCACUUCCAAUUCUACCUUCAUCAUCAUCGGACCUCCUCCGCCGUUCCCAGCUCCUCCCCGGAGCAUCGACCUCUCUCCUCUCAAACUAAUCUUCGCAGUCAUCGCGAUUGUCGCCGUUCCCGCCUUAGCUUACACUCUCUUUUUCGCCAUCCCGUGUUCUUCCGACCGCCGCAACUCCUCUUCAUCCCGCCGCAGCACCAGCUCCUCCGACGACGAUACACAUCAUGUCACCGUGGAGCUCUAUCCGCCGAUCACGGCCGAUCCCACCGCACCUGAUUCCGGCGUGAAAUUCCAGAAAGAGACGCAUUCCAAGGAGAUUGGGAACGAGUGCACGGUGUGCCUGUCGGUGUUCGCCGACGGCGAGGACAUCCGGCAACUGAGCGCGUGUAAGCACGCGUUCCACGUGUUUUGUAUCGAAACGUGGCUCAAAGAUCAUCCCAAUUGUCCCAUUUGCCGAGCAGACGUCGUCUCCGUGAAACAGACCGAAGCCAACGAUAACGUUAACGGCAACGGUAACAGUAACGGUAACGAUAACGUGAAUCGCAGCGGUGGCGGAAACCGCCGAGUUUCGGGGACCAAUAGAGAUGACGAUUGGCGUCAAGGUCUGCCUGAUGCUUCUAGUUUAGUUUGA